AUGAAACAGAUUUAAGCGAAAAAGAUCAGGACAGUAGACAUAGAGGAGAAUAUUGAGGCCGAGUCAGAAGCGUGCGCUAUUUCCCCUCAAAAGCUUCAGUCCGACUCCGAUGAGGGAACCGAUUCCUCCCACCUGGAGACUAAAAAGCAAAUUGAGGAACUUCGCCUUACUUAUGGCAAUGAAUGGUUAAAGACCGGUAGUGCCGAGAUGAUGCUGGGAAUCGAAUCGCCGCAGCCUUCUGAACUAGAGCGCGACAAUGCUCGUCAGCUGUUCAAUGAGUUCUUGGGGGAAUUUUCAGGUUCAUCAAGCAUAAUAGUUAAUUCUCAAGCGGAUCCUGAACAUCUCCAAAUUUUCUCUACUCCAGCGAAUAACGUUUUGUUAAAUACAACCUUUGACACCACUCUGACGGAUGCGAACGAUACAAGUGGGCUACAUUUUUAUGAGACCUGCACUGAAGGAGAAGUGACAAACUACGAUAGCAUCGUCAGCACCACAAAGGAAUUGCGGGCGGAGGAGUCACUGCCUGAUAAGCACGAAGAGUUUUUUAGGCUCUUUGCAAAUAGCUCAAGUGCUGUUUACUCGUCCGAUGCCGAACCUGACAAGGAAACCUUCAUAGUCUAUCAUGAGCAAAAGCCGAGCGAUGUUCUUUUUUUCACCACAUCUUCAAAUUUUAUACGUGAAAAAGAUUCGCUAACCGAUAGGACUAAAACCAAAUGGAGUCUAAAAAUACUGGAGUCAUGCGAGCGAGUAAAGUGCAAUACCUUACGAAUAAUAUUCGACACGAUGCGUAAGGAUAAACAGGAGGGAAUCUAUUGUGUUGAGAGUACAUUGUAACAGGAACUGGAAAAGAAACUGCGAGACAUUCUCUGUCAGCGUGAUCUGAACGAAAUGAACAUUUCCAUUUAUCGCUGUGUUAGUUGUCUAACUCAAUUUACCAUUGAGCAAAAAGGCAAGCGACAUAAAAAAAGGGUAUUACGUAGAUCACCUAUUAAGAACACUUUAUUUUACUUUGAAAUUUAAACUUUCUUAGACUUGAGAUGUGCAUAUGUGGCCGAAGUAACUGAGUUGCCUUCCUCUUUGACCAAACAUUUGGAGGAAGUGGUGGCAGAGCACAAACAUUCCCCCCCAGACAUAUUGAUGGAGGAAACGCUUGUUGAGACAUUUACAGGGUCAACAAAUAAGGAAGAAAGCAAAAGCAUGGGUUCCGGCAAUUCACUAAGCGAGAGCAGCUCUUGCUCGAAAAUUACUAACUCGCAGAGCUCUUUUGACUCUAAUCAGUCCGUUGUGGGUAGCUCUAACACGGAUCGUGAUAUAGAGUUUCGGGCUAACGAAAGUGAUGUGGACAUCAUCUCCAAUCCGAGCCAGUCAAGCAUAGAGGUGAUAGAUCCAAACUACGCACAGAGCACUAGUCGCAAGACCUUAGAAGAGCGCCAUCUGUCACAUCUCGAAACGAUAAGCGAUGAAAAAGGGCAAUCUAAAAGGUUCUUAGAUCGAAAGUUCGAUUUAAUUCAGGCGGAACAGGGUCAGACUGCAGCUCCCGUAUCAUUAUCUGUGUCCCAAGUUCCGCUCACAGAAGGCAGCUCGUCAGGAUCUAUUACCGACAGCAUUUGUACAACCUACGAGCAGCUGGGCAUUGAUGGGCCAACAAGUCUUUCAAAUUUGCUGCUUUCCGAAUCUUUAAAUAGUCAAAUAAGUAGCUCAAAUACGGACUCAAUAAGCCGUUUAAAAAGAGCUGAUGGAGUCAGCCGUUUACCGUUUGCAGCCGUAUUUCGUUCAACUAAUCUGCUCAUGUCCAGCUCAAAGAAGAUGGUAGACUCUGAAGCUAAUGUCUUGGGUACUCAGCCCUACAAAUUUAACUACAUUGACUUUAAUGAUAUCGAUCACCGUCUAAAACUCUUCUUCUACCAGAGCAAGUUUAAGGAGGAUGGUGAACAUUUUAAGUGGUUGGCAAAGGGACGCUUCUUUAACGAGCAGACCCAGGUCCUGGGAGAAGGACUCGUGGUGAUGUCCAACUGCAAUUGCUUUUUAAUGGAAUCCUUUGCAUUACCCCAAGACGAUGUGGCCAAGUGGCUUCGGCAAGUCGUAAGAGUGUCGGUUAGUCGAUUAAAGGCGGUUGAACUGCUGCCCUGGAAGCUUGGAUUAUCCUUUACCUUAAAGGAUUGGGGCGGAUUUAUGUUGCUGUUGCACGACAUGCUUUCGACCGAUAGCUUACUUCUUUUCUUGCGACAUCACCCUCUACCAGAGCAGUGCAAACUUAAUUACAAACCAUCCACCACCCUCAGCAAUCCGUUGCAAACUAUUGCAUCCGAACCAGUUAAAAUGUGCUCCCUGCUUCGUAGCAGCCAAUGGAUUCGUGAACAAGAGAAAAAGAACUUUGAACACUGUGUGCUCCUAAUUACAGAGUCACAUUUGUACAUAUCGGCAAAUUUAAAAUUCUCGUGGCUUUCAAACAAAAUUCAGGAUAAAUCCACGCAACCGGAACUUACCCUUAGACAGCCCAUGAGCAACUUAGAAGACUUGGAACGCAUUACGGAUAAAAAAUAUGUGAUGAACUUUAGCGACGAGACCCAAAACAAGUGCGAGAUGUGGCAGUUGCUGUUCGAAACGCAUAACAAUUCCACGUGUUGUCUGAAUGUCAUCGGUAAAACAUGGGAGCAGAUGUUUGGCGUUCCAUUCAGCCUAUCUGAAAGGUAGCAGAGCUCAACGCCAAGGAACCAACUAGAACGGAUUUCCAUACAUGUCAAUUUAUUGUGCAAAGCUUAGAAUUGUUGAUCUUUAUUGACUACGUUAUUUAAUGUCACAUUAGUUUUCUUAACUUAACCUUCGUAUUUGUGAGUCGUUGGCUAGGUUUUUUUUAGUUAUGCAAAAGUGGUGCUUGCCGACCAAAUAAAUGUAAAUAUUUUAAAAUGUAAAGGUUAUUUUCUAAAUCGCUGCAAUAUAUACAAACAAAAAAUAUUAA